AUGCUUCGCUCGACACCGGAAGAGAGUAAGCCAGCUUUAAUAAGAAAAAAAGCCGAGCCUGCUUAUGGGGCCCGGCGCAAGACUGCCUUUUCGAUUUGUUGCAGGCUAAAGGCUAGAACUCCUGCUGUAAGACUCGGCUGCUUUUUCCGCCGAACGUGGGUUAGGCCUGACCUUUGCUUCGAGACACAGAGCUCUUUGGACAAAUCUAUUCUAUUCAGGAAUCCACUCUGUGAGCGGGCUGUUCUAUUGAGACCAGUGUCACCACCUCAAGCGACAGGACGUUUCUUUCUAUACGCAAUUCAAAGGGAGAAGCACACCCGAAGCCAAAGAGUAGGGGGCAGCAGCUCUUAUCUUAGAAGAGCCAGGGAGCGCUACAAGUGGGCCCCCCAUUACUGGAAGAAAGCAUAG